CUAACUGCAUCACCUGAGCCGUCCUAUGAAGAUCCACGUCUGGCCAGAUUUACUUGCACCAUGUUGAGAUUCCUUGCAAGCUUUUUUCCUCUGUAGUCUGCAUAAUUGUUGAAUAAACCGCUUCCUCCGGGACUUGAAAUGCUAAAUCAUUUUCGAAGAAAUUAACGAGAUGCUCUACAGAGACCGUUUUGUUUUGUUUUGUUUUGGUUAAAUAAAUACGAUUCAUUCGGUCACUACUUAUUGACGCCUUAAAACAGUUACACUGUACACAUUCUUUGUUUCUUUCCCUCGGAUCUCGACUUUAUUUUUCAAUUCUCUUUUGAUGGCCACCAUCGCUAGACUCUCCGGUUCUUAUGAAAUCACCAACGGAUACAGCUUCAUCGCCGAGUCCUCUAUCGACAACCCCGCGGCGGAGUUUCUAACAUCGCCGGAAGUUUCGGCGCUGCAGCUCCUCUCCACCUGCCUAGAAUCAGUCUUCGACUCGCCGGAAACUUUCUACAGCGACGCCAAGCUAGUUCUCUCCGACGGCCGCGAGAUAUCCUUCCACCGCUGCGUUCUCUCGGCGAGGAUACCCGUCUUCAAGAACGCGCUAGCAGCCGCCGUGAAGGAUCGAAAACCCGCCGCCGUCGUCAAGCUCGACCUCAAGGAGAUCGCGAGAGACCACGACGUGGGAUUCGACUCGGUGGCGAUGGUUUUGGCGUACGUAUACAGCGGCAGAGUGAGGCCGCCGAGGAAAGGAGCUUCUGAUUGCGUUGACGAUGGUUGCUGCCACGUGGCGUGCCGUCCAGCUGUUGAGUUCUUGAUGGAGCUUCUCUACUUGGCUUACGUCUUCGAGAUACCCGAGUUAGUUUCUCUGUACGAGAGGCAGUUCUUGAAUAUUAUAGACAAGAUUGUUAUAGAAGACAUCUUGGUGAUAUUCAAGCUCGCUAACAUCUGUGGUGAGACAUACAAGAAGCUUUUAGUUACAUGCUUAGAGAUUAUCGCCAAGUCUGAUAUAGAGAUCGUUACUCUCGACAAGUCUUUACCCCAAGACAUCGUCAAACGAGUCACCGACAUCCGCAACGAGCUCGGUCUCGAGCCGCCCGAGCCGGAUAAACAUGUCAUGAACAUAUACAAGGCCCUUGACUCCGACGAUGUUGAGCUUGUCAAGAUGCUUUUGACAGAAGGACACACGAGUCUAGACGACGCCUACGCUCUUCAUUACGCUGUUGCACAUUCCGAUGUGAAAACGGCCUCUGAUCUCAUAGACCUUGAGCUCGCGGACGUGGAUCAUAGAAACAUGAGGGGGUACACGGCGCUUCACGUUGCUGCGAUGAGGAACGAGCCGAAGCUGAUGGUUUAUUUAUUGACUAAAGGUGCGAAUGCGUCGGAGACAACGUUUGACGGUAGAACGGCUCUUGUGAUUGCGAAAAGGCUCACUAAAGCUUCUGAGUAUAAUGCUAGUACGGAGCAAGGGAAGCCUUCUUUGAAAGGAGGGCUAUGCAUAGAGGUACUAGAGCAUGCACGUAAACUAGGUAGGUUGCCUAGAGAUGGUUUACCUUCUCUUCCAGCUACUCCUGAUGAACUGAGGAUGAGGUUGCUCUAUCUUGAAAACAGAGUUGCACUGGCUCGAAUCCUAUUUCCAGUGGAAGCUCAAGUGGUAAUGGAUAUCGUCAAACUGGAGGGAACAAGCGAGUUUACAGCUUCUAGUCUCGACCCUGAUCAACAAAGUUGUGCGAAGAGGACAUCACUGGACUUAAACAUAGCACCUUUCGUAAUCCGAGAGGAGCAUUUGUGUAGACUAAUAGCGCUUACUAACACCGUGAAGCUAGGGAAACGGUAUUUCCCACGCUGCUCUCUCGAUCACUUUAUGGACACCGAGGACUUGAAUCAUCUGGCUUGUCUAGAAGAGGACACACCUGAGAAACGGCUACAGAAGAGGCAAAGGUACAUGGAACUACAAGAGACUGUGAUGAAGACCUUUAGUGAGGAGAAGGAUGACUCUGGAAAGUCUUCCAAAACAGGAUCAGUGAGGUCCAAUGGUAAGCUCUCUCACCGGCGCCUAAGGGUGGACAAAAGAGAUUUAGAGAAAAGAAUUUGCAGGAACAGGAAGGGGGAUUCAAGAAUAGAAAAGCAUGUCACAUUUGAAGCCGGCAACUAAAAUUAUGGUAAGUUUUGCCCACCCCAAGGUCUUUUGUAAGACUCUUCGGGUAAGUUUUGUUGUAUAUAUGUUUUCAUAUAUGUAUUAUUGUCUGUCUUUCUCAUCUGCGUCAAUAUGAGGUUUGACCUUCACUUUCCAUCCUGUGUAUUAGUGUAUACUUGGUGCAAGCGUAUUUUGAACAAAUGUUGGUCGUUUGUUAACCAGUGAUGUGAUUAUAUGUAUAUUUUCUAUGUUGUUUACGCUAAUACAUGAGACUUGCGCGAUUUAGAUGGAAGAAGCCUUUCAUACAAAGUCCACGAGAAUAGUAUGUUUAGUUAUCAGUCUUUAACAAAACAUACCUGCCGUUCAAAUUUUCAUGAUGUCUUUGUCACGAAUCAAAAUUGUUUAUCUUUAUUGUGACUGCACUACUUUUCACACUAUCAGUAUUGUAUGAGUUCAUUUCUGAUACGACUUUGUAACAGCAGACCAGUUGUUCUAUAUAUGUUCUUGGGUCCAUAUGUCUCUGCCUACUCUUGUCCCGUGGUAACUAUCAUUGUCCACGGACACCAGCCUCUUAGAGGUAUGGUGAUGUUGGAGUACACACAACACACUCAUUCACGUAUGCAUAUAUUUAAAUAAUAUGAAAAUUUUACAAUAUUCUUAUUUAUUAAAUUGAUUAUUUUAGUUAUUAGAUUUAAAAAUAAAUAUUUUGUUAUAAAUAUAACAUUUUCUAUUAUCUUUUAGAUAUUUUUUGAAUAUUUUUAUUUUAUUUGUACGGAUCGAAUCGGAUAUCUAAUUAAAAUCAUAAAAAAAUUAAAAUAUCUGAACAUCUAAUAUUUAGAUUAUUCGUAUGAAGCGAAUUAAAUCAAUUAUUCGGAUGAAACCGAUAACAAACACUUCCAAAACUUUGGAUAUUCUAAUGUGAACAGAAAUAUUUGGGAUAUUCCAUAUUUGCUCAUACGCAACUGUAAAAUAUAUCUACGAAAAUAUCUGUGACCUUGACCAUUGAAACAUCUACAGCCACAUCUCAAAUAUAUACUUAUUAGUUUCUUGCUUUAAACAAACCUCAUGAUAUAACUGAAGACGAUAACAAAGCAUAGAGGGCUCUCUCUCUCCCCUCUCUGUUCUCUCUUUCAUACUUUUCACAGGGAGGAGAUUGAGAUGAGAGUCGGUGUCUUCGCUUGAUGCCGGUUCGUGUACGGCGGUCAGCUUCCCUUCCGUCAGGAUCGUCUCCGACAUCCGUUUGCCUUUCAAGGGAUGGAUUGUGCGGCUUUUGACUCUGGGGCUCAUCCUUUCUCAGGAUGUGGUCGCCGGCUUUUGACUCUGGCGAUCCACCUUCCCCUCCGGUGGUUUCGGCCGGCUUUGCUCCGGGUUAAUCUCGGAUUUGUUUUCUUCUUGCCUGAUCUAUGCUUUUGAGCUUUAAGAUUCAUUCUAUCAUCAAUCUUCUGUGAUUGAGGACAUGCAAUUGAAUCCCGUUUAUAAAGCAUAGAUCUGUCCUUGUCUAGAUCGACAGCGUUAAUAUGGUUUGGUGAUUUUGGGAGGUUCUGUUUCUUGGAGCUUCCUUCACCCUCUUGGUUUCCGGUGGUUUAAGAGCUUCCGGCGAAGAUCUAUUCUGUCGGUGUUGUGCUAAGUUCCUCUCGUCGUUAGUGGUGUCUCUAAUUCCGGGUUCCUGUUUCCGGUGUGUUUCCGGUGGAACAUGCCGAUUAGAGCCUCCGUUGAUGACUUUCCGGACGGCGAAGUUCUGUGGCGGCUUGACCAGCGGGUUCGUGUCCCUCCCACGCUUAGGUUCCAACGCGUGGAUGAGGUCGAGCUGAUCCAUCUCCUUCCCUUCGGGCCUUUGGUGACCGGGCUUUGUUUGGGCCUCGUGGUCCUUAAGUUUGCCCAUUCUUGGGCCUUGUUUUGUUGUUGGUCUAUGGCCUUUCUUCUGGAUUUCUGUUGUAAAUUUGACUUUGUUUAAUAUUAUUCCAGUGGCAAAAAAAAGAUAUAACUGAAGACUUGUUUGUUUUUCUUUGUCACAAUAUAAAAUAAAAUUUGAUCAGUUUGUUC